AAAACACAAAAAGCCAAAAACCUACGCCAAAGCCAAGUGAACAUGCCCACCGUUUGACUUUGCUUCUUCAUAAACCUUUCUCCCAUCGAUCGCCAUGAUUAGUAUAAUCCCACAUUAACCUUCCCAUUAAUAGAUUUUAACAUCAGAUUACUCUUCAGAAAUACGGUAGAUUUCUUAAAUAAUUUUCUUUGACUGAAACAGCUAGGUUCUUAGCAGUCAUGCGUUUGCUCAGAGCAUGUUGUCUGACAAAUUUUCUUAAUAUUUCUCUCUCCAUUUCGGUUUCUGACGAAGUAUUAGGGACUGUCAGAAAGUCGCACCCACGUUUAAUUCUACAUUUCUUCGGUGUUCUGUUCAUAUGCUGCACCAUAUCUUCAGGGGAAGAAGUUUCCUUGGGGAUUUUUCUUUUUCGGGAAUUUCAAGAUUUCGACCUGUUCUUGAAAGGUGUUCUCUUGAUAUUCUUGAAAAGUAAAGGUUGGAAAUUGAGUAGAUUGAGCUGCAUUUUAAUGGAGAUGUUGCGGUCUUGAAUUUGGGAACAGCAUUCUUGAUAAAGGGAACUGUUUUUUGGGGAAGAUGGCUUCAAAGUCACCUUCUCCCAAUUCUUCUCCUAAUGCAGUCCCACCAGCUUCUUCUGCAAAUUCUACCUCUCCUUCGGGAUCCAAUCCUAAUAAGGCAACUGAUGCAGUACCUCCUUCAUCUAGUUCCUCCAGUCCGCCUCCUGUUGCUUCUGCCCCUCCACCAUCACCACCACCGCCAUUGUUGAAUUUACCACUUCCACUGCCUUCUUCACCACCUCCAUUGCCCCCACCAUCUCCUCCAGUGUCGCCACCACCAUCUCCUCCAGUGUCGCCACCGCCAUCUCCUCCACUAUCGCCACCGCCAUCCCCUCCCACCACCCCUCCUCCGUCUACCAAUUCACCUCCUCCACCAACAUUGUCUCCUCCCCCACCUUCAGGGGCUUCUCCACCUAAAGAAUCACCUGCUCCUCCUGCAGCACCACCACCCUCCCCUCCAGCCAUUCCGCCCUCUCCUCCACCUCCAGCAACAAACUCUUCGCCUCCUACUGCUACUCCUCCACCUCCACCCGUCGUACAUCCACCAAAGCAUUCUCCUCCACCACCUCCAUUGCUACCGCCCCCAUUGCCACCCCCUCCAACUGGUAGCCAACCUAGCAGUCCUCCUCCAGCUUACACUGCAUAUCCUCCUCCUUCCGUUCCUUCAUCAUCCUCGCCACCUCCUAUAUCUCCUUCCCCUCCCCUGAAUAAUUCGUCGUUCAAUGGAAACACGCCAGCACCACCUCUUCCCUCUUUCCCGACGGAGAAACCUACUGCAAGAUCAACUGAAUCUGGUCCAAAUAUAACUGCAAAUGCAUCAAGGAAUUCUGAUGGUCUAAGAGCUGGAGGUGCUGCUGCAGUAGGCAGCAUUGUGGGAUUCUUGGCGUUGACACUUGUGGUUCUGGCUGUGUGGUUUACCCAUAGAAGAAAGAAAACAAAGAAUGGGUUUAGUCUCAAUUAUGCAGUGCCCUCCCCUUUUGCAUCCUCUCAAAAUUCAGAUUCGUCAUUCCUAAGACCCCAGAAUUCAGCUCAUCUAGCUGGAAGUGCUUCACCAAACAAUUUCAUGUACUCACCGGAUGGUGGUAUAGGCACUUCAAGGUCAUGGUUCACAUAUGAAGAGCUUUCUGGGGCUACAAAUGGAUUUUCAGCAAAUAAUCUUCUUGGUGAAGGUGGAUUUGGUUGUGUUUACAAGGGAGUUCUGGGCGACGGAAGACAAGUUGCUGUUAAACAGUUGAAGGCUGGUGGUGGACAAGGAGAGCGUGAAUUCAGAGCAGAAGUUGAGAUCAUCAGCAGAAUACACCAUAGGCAUUUGGUAUCACUUGUGGGUUACUGCAUCUCUGAGAACCAAAGAUUGCUUGUUUAUGAUUAUGUGCCAAACAACACCCUGCACUACCACCUCCAUGGUAAAGGCAAGCCUGUAAUGGAUUGGGCUAAUCGAGUUAAAGUUGCAGCUGGUGCAGCACGUGGCCUAUCAUAUCUUCAUGAAGACUGUCAACCCCGUAUCAUUCACAGAGAUAUCAAAUCAACAAACAUUCUCUUGGAUAACAACUUUGAAGCGCGGGUUGCAGAUUUUGGCCUUGCAAAGCUAGCCUUGGAAUUGGAUUUACAUACCCACGUGUCAACCCGUGUAAUGGGAACCUUCGGGUACUUGGCUCCAGAGUAUGCAUCAACUGGUAAACUAACGGAGAAAUCAGAUGUUUUUUCAUUUGGUGUUGUGCUUUUGGAGCUUAUUACUGGUCGUAAGCCUGUCGACUCAUCUCAACCCUUGGGUGACGAAAGCCUGGUUGAAUGGGCCAGACCAUUGCUCGCUCAAGCACUAGAGACAGAAGUUUUCAGAGAUCUGGUGGAUCCUCGACUGGAAAACAAUUUCGUGGAAAGUGAAAUGUUCCGUAUGAUUGAAGCCGCUGCAGCUUGUGUCCGCCAUUUAGCUUCCAAGAGGCCAAAGAUGAGUCAGAUAGUGAGAGCUUUAGACUCUAUGGAGGAGUCAGCAGAUUUGAACAACGGAAUGAAACCUGGCCAAAGCGGGAUUUUCGAUUCAAGGGAACACUCUGCUCAAAUCAGAAUGUUUCAGAGGAUGGCAUUCGGAAGUCAAGAAUACAACUCAAAUUUCUUCAGUCAUUCUCAGAGCAGCUGGAGCAGUUGAUGGAUUCAGCUGUAAGUUCGAACAUGUUGGUGCAUCACUGGGUAUUCUUAUAUGCAACGGAUGUGAGAUAUCAGAAAAUGAGAUAUAUGCGACAUGAUUCAUGCUGAAAAGUGGGAUAAGUGUAGUGGCCUAUAUUAUGUUGAUAUGACAUGAUUCAUACUGUUCGAUAUUUUUAUAGUCAAGGUGCGUACAAGGGUUUCCUGUAUCAUUGGGACGCUGCAACUAGGACGACCUUCACAAGCCUUGGGCCAGCACGUACUGAUUCCGACUGCCUACACAUGCCUUUGAGCAAAAUUCCUAUUCAAUUUUUGGAUGUAAAUUUUGCGGUUAGAGCUAACCACAAGUUUAUUGAAUUGUCAUGAUUCUUUGUAUCAGAUCCUUCAUGUUUUGAAUCGACUUUGUAGCAACAUGUGUAUGCAAAGGUUUUGUUUCUGGAGUGCUGCAAUGUCAAUAUAGUUCUGACGAGAUGCAGAUGAUUGA